CAAAUUAAUCGUGUUCUAUAAUUAACUUUGUCCUUUGUCAAAUUAUGUUAAUGUUAUGAAACAAUCUUGUCUAGGUACCAUGUUGUAUUGAAGGAUUACCGAUAUUUGUGAAAGUGUCCAAUUUCUGUCACCAAAGAUGAAUCAAGUGUCGCCUGUAGUGACAACACAACCUGGAGUGACGGUCCCGGGGCAAGCGGCCAUAUACGACACAGGCGGUCAAACGGGUUUACAGGCCCCUCCCGCUGUAUGGAUGCCUAAGCCCUCAGCUGGAAGUUUGGGCUGUCCCCCGGGACUUGAAUACUUGGCACAAGUUGAUAAAUUAGUCAUCAAAGAACAGCCGAAUAUAAUAGAAAUGGUGGCACAUGCAGAGCAAGAAAAUGUGUACAACAUAUUCAACGCAUCCGGGCAACAAGUUUACAGAGCAAACGAAGAGUCGGACACGUGCCACAGGCAAUGUUGUAGAGCUAACCGAGGAUUUAUCAUGCACGUGACAGACAACCUGAACAACGAGGUUAUCAGAAUGGAUCGGGUAUUCCGGUGCGUUAGUUAUCCAUGUUUUUCUUGCAUUGGAUGCUGCGCUCAUCGAGUUAAUGUGGAAGCACCUGUUGGCACCGUCAUCGGCUACGUCAAACGAAAACCAUCAUUCUGUACACCACUAUUUGCGAUAAUGGAUGCAGACGAUAAUGAAGUUCUUGUUAUAUCCGGUCCUGGCUGUAUCUGUCAAGGUUGUCAUUGUGACGUAGAUUUUAAUAUCUCUUCGGGUGAAUCAGAUGUUGGAAAAAUUGUGAAGCUAGCUCCUCAAGAUCUGCAAGAAAUGUUUUCGACAGCCGACACAUUUAGUCUAAACUUCCCGAUGAAUCUAGACGUAAAACAGAAGGCGCUCUUAUUUGGAGCAACAUUCCUCAUAGAUUUUCUGUAUUUUGAAUUAUCACCGGGACGUCGUGGCCGUGGACGUGGAAGAUAUAGCAAGCGCCGAUAAGCAGAUGUCGGAUCCUCAGACUAUGACGUGAUUAAUAUUGUCACGUGAUUUCAAUAUAACAAUAAAGACUAUGGUCUCUACAGAAGCAUUAUAAUUUUGUAUAACAUUUGGGCUCAUUUGGUCGGGUGGUUAAUGGUUUCUAACCUCACAAGUAACACCGGAAACAGUGACUUUAACUUAAAGCAGCAUACCUCCAGAAUCCAUUCUAAUUUUCAUGGAAAGUGAACAAAGAUAUUUAUUUACACAUUGCAAAUGGCACUUACAAUGCACGAAAAUUACCAAAAAAAGGCAAACAUAUGCAAAAAAUAGGCCUUACUGCGUUACUAACGCAGUAGAGAUAUGGUGAUAAAUACUGCAAAAUCAGUCAAUUAUUGCAUAUAGCAUAUAGAUAAUUACUAAAAUCUUCAAUCCUUUUACAUUUUUUUUUAAUUCUUAGAACAUUUUUUUCAAAUUUGAUAUUUUGGCUUAUCUGGAGGCAUGCAGAUUUAAAGCGGCCUUCAGCUUUUAUUUUCUGUUGGAAAAUUCUGUGUUGUUUAAAACUAAGUAUUUCAGUUAUUUUAUCUCGGACAAGUGUAUUUUAUCACUGGUAUAUCACUGGUAAGCCUAUAUUUAAAAUACAGAGAGCGGAUAUCAAUGGCUUUCCCUAUUGUUUAUGUAUUUUCAACCUUAAAACAGCACGCCUCCAGAUUAAUGCUUAUUUUCAUGAAAAUUUUGACGUAUUUUAUUGUACAGUAACCAAAAGGAAUAAUUGUACACAUUAUCAAUGACAUUUACAACCCACGUUUAUUACAGAAAAGCUGUCAAAUAUCCAAUAAAUGCCCUUACUGCGUUAGUAACGCAGUACAAAUAUAGUUACACAUUAUGAAAAAUUCACCUUUUAUAACAUGUAAAUUAUUACUUGUAUCUUGAAUCUUUCUACUCCGCCUAAAAUCUUAAUACAAUUUUCACAAGUUUGGUUUCUUGAAAUAUUUUCCUUCAUCUCAAGUCAUGCUGCUUUAUUUCUUUUAAUUUGACAAUUAUAUGAAACGAUUUUUCUAAAAAUAACAUAUUUAACCUUUGGAAAAACUGAAGGCCGCUUUAAAACAUUACGAAAGUAAAAUACAUUAUCUAUUUUAUGUUGGUGGGAAGGAUAGGGUUUUAGAUUAUUAGAAGCGCAGAACUCUCUACGAUUUAUUAUUGCACAAAGAAAACUAAUUCAAAUAAUACGAGCGCUUAUUCAAUAUAUAAAGAAUAAUUGACUUGUAUGUACAUCUCCUAAAGAUGUUUAAUAUAAAAUAUUACAUGUCGAACGGAUAUUUUUCCAUUUGUUUUAGUUUCAUGGCUCUAGAAUUAUAAUAUUAUAUAAUUGUAGGAAUCUUACAUUAAACUUACCCACAAAGGUGUCAGGGACUAGCUCUAGACUGGACUAUGGUAUGACAACUGGUGUUAGUUUAUAACUAAUUAGAUAAAGUACAUGUACUUCUAUACAUUCAUCAUUUUUACACAUUUGUGUUUACUGUGUUUACUAUAAUAACGUGUUUUUCAUUUGUUAUUAUUAAUUUUAUGCAUUAUUAUUAUUAUUAUUAUUUAUAUAA